CACCACCAUCACCACCACCACCACGCGGGACCCGGCGCUUUCUUCCGCUACAUGCGGCAACCGGUGAAGCAAGAACUGGCUUGCAAGUGGUUGGAAGAGUCUUCGCCGCCGCCUCCGCCGCCUCCGGGCCGCUCCAAGAAGUGUUGCGACCGGCAAUUCAGCACCAUGCACGAACUGGUGACCCACGUCACGCUGGAACACGUCGGGGGUCCCGAGCAGAACAGCCACGUGUGCUUCUGGGACGAGUGCCCCCGCCAAGGCAAAUCCUUCAAGGCCAAAUACAAACUGGUCAACCACAUCCGCGUUCACACGGGCGAGAAACCGUUUCCCUGCCCUUUCCCCGGAUGCGGGAAGAUUUUCGCCCGGUCCGAGAACCUCAAGAUCCAUAAAAGGACCCACACAGGCGAGAAACCCUUCAAGUGCGAAUUUGAGGGCUGCGAUCGGCGUUUUGCAAACAGCAGUGACCGAAAGAAACACAUGCAUGUUCAUACCUCGGACAAGCCUUACGUGUGCAAAGUUUGCGAUAAGUCUUACACUCAUCCCAGUUCCUUAAGGAAGCACAUGAAGGUCCACGAAACGCAGAGCUCCGAAUCGUCUCCCGCGGCCAGUUCAGGCUACGAAUCCUCCACGCCCCCCGCCUUGGCUGCUGCCCCCAGUAAGGACUCCGGGAAAGCUGCCCCUCCUGCCGCUCCUGUUCAGACGGCCAACCCCAACCCAGGUCUGCCCCCCAACUUCAAUGAAUGGUAUGUCUGAGGAGGGGGGGGGGGCUGCCCUGCCUCCCUCCUCCCUUGGAUUCUCAAGAGACAUCAAAGGACGGCCAUCCUGGCCUGCUGUUGCUGCUGCUGGAUUUUACUGGACAAAAACAAAAAGAAGAUUGCCAAAAGGAAGAAGGAAAGUGGGGGGUAUUCAGGGGGCAGCAUCUUCAUCCCUCACCCCACGACCCAACAAGAGCCUGGACUUAAAUCAUGUCUGCUGUUCUCAGGAUUAGCCGGUGGUUUUCUUUCUUUCUGCGUCGGGCGUUUCUUUCAGCUUUUUCUUUUUUUAAAAAAAAUAACAAUUCUUCUAGUUCGUUCUUGCGCCCCCGUCCAUUCCCCCCCCUUUUUUUCCUCCUCCUUCUUCUUCUUUCUUUCCUUGCCUUUUGUAAUCGACUUCAGUGGAUGUUUCGUUUUUCGCCCCCGUCUCUCAACCCCGUCUUCUUCUUCCGUGGGAUGUUCAGAAACAAAAAACUGAUGGUUUCUGUUGGCCUUGUAGUUGUGAUUGUUAAAAGUAGAAGGGGGAAAAAAACAGUUUUUAAACUUGCCAAAGUCCUAUAUUCUCUCUCUCACUCUUUCUUUCUUUC